GGCGGCGACAGCAGAUUCCGCGCCCGGCAGCCGCGCGCCGCCCUCGCUCCCCGGCCCCUCCGCACCGCGUCUUCCCCUCCCGCUCACAAUGUGCUGACCCUCCCGGCCCCGCCGCGCGCAUCCCGGGUCUCCGGCCGCCGCGCUCCCUCAGGAAGUGACAGACUCCAGGCCCCUUCCUCCGCCCCGUCCCCCCGGACUGAACGCCACACACGUACUCACACCCUCUCUCCCGCUCCCACCCGGGCUAGCGACACGACCAUGAGGCCCCGGAGGUUCUUCAGAAGAUGAUGAGGUCAUUCAACCAGGUUUCAUCAGCCCCAGGCGGGGCAAGCAAAGGUGGUGGAGAAGAGCCCGGGAAGCUGCCGGAGCAGGCAGAGGAAGAAUCCCAGGUUCUGCACGGAACUGGCCACUGUAAGUGGUUCAAUGUGCGGAUGGGAUUUGGAUUCAUCUCCAUGAUAAACCGAGAGGGAAGCCCCUUGGAAAUUCCAGUCGAUGUGUUUGUGCACCAAAGCAAAUUAUUCAUGGAAGGAUUUAGAAGCCUAAAAGAAGGAGAACCAGUGGAAUUCACAUUUAAAAAAUCUUCCAAAGGCCUUGAAUCAAUACGGGUAACUGGACCUGGUGGGAGCCCCUGUUUAGGAAGUGAAAGAAGACCCAAAGGGAAGACACUACAAAAAAGAAAACCAAAGGGAGAUAGAUGCUACAACUGUGGUGGCCUUGAUCAUCAUGCUAAGGAAUGUAGUCUACCUCCUCAGCCAAAGAAGUGCCAUUACUGUCAGAGCAUCGCACACAUGGUGGCCAACUGCCCACACAAGACUGUGGCGCAGCCGCCCGCCAGUUCUCAGGGAAGACAGGAAGCAGAAGCACAGCCAUGCACUUCGACUUUUCCUCGAGAGCUGGGGGGAGGGCACGGCUGCACGUCCCCGCCGUUUCCUCAGGAGGCCAGGUUCGAGAUCUCAGAAUGGCCAGGCAGGUCCUCUCAAGAAGCUUCCUCGGCGAAGUCCUCUGCAGCGCCGGAAGAACCAAGCAAAAAGGGGCCUUCUGUUCAAAAAAGGAAAAAGACAUAGUGCUUCUUCCUAAGUGUA